UUGCACAUGGAAGGGGCGCUGACUGCCCGGGACAAGGUCGGGGUUCAGGAUUUUGUGCUAUUGGACGCAUAUACCAGCGAAUCUGCCUUUGUCGACAACCUCCGCAAGCGUUUCAACGAGAACCUCAUAUACACAUAUAUUGGCACCCUCCUUGUGUCUGUGAAUCCAUACCAGGAGCUCGGAAUCUACACUGUGAGCCAGAUGGAACUUUAUCAAGGGGUCAAUUUCUUUGAACUGCCGCCACAUGUCUACGCUAUAGCCGACAACGCUUACCGAAUGAUGUGCUCUGAACUAAAUAACCAUUUCAUCCUCAUUUCUGGAGAGAGUGGGGCAGGGAAAACAGAGGCCUCCAAGAAAAUUCUCCAGUAUUUUGCAGUGACCUGCCCAAUGACCCAGUCACUACAAAUAGCCCGUGACAGACUGCUGCUCUCCAACCCAGUGCUGGAGGCUUUUGGAAAUGCCAGAACGCUCCGGAAUGACAACUCCAGCAGAUUUGGGAAAUACAUGGAUAUACAAUUUGAUUUUCAGGGCAUCCCUGUAGGUGGGCAUAUCAUCAGUUACUUGAUAGAGAAGUCCCGAGUUGUCUACCAAAACCAAGGCGAGCGGAAUUUCCACAUCUUCUACCAGCUGCUGGCAGGUGGUGAGGAGGAGCGCCUGGCUUUCCUGGGACUGGAGCGAGACCCCCAGCUGUAUAAAUACCUCUCACAGGGUCAUUGUGCCAAAGAGUCAUCCAUUAAUGAUAAGAAUGACUGGAAAACUGUUUCCAAUGCCUUUUCUGUCAUUGAUUUUACUGAAGCUGACCUCGAGAAUCUCUUUGGAAUUAUUGCCAGUGUCUUACACCUGGGGAACAUUGGUUUUGAAGAAGACGACCAAGGCUGUGCCACUAUCCCAGACACCCACGAGAUCAAGUGGAUAGCCAAGCUCCUGGGAGUCCACCCAGCAGACCUUCUGGAAGCUCUCACCCACAGAAAAAUUGAAGCCAAAACUGAGGAGGAUUUCACCAGGAAAACUGUAAUUGGAUUACUGGACAUCUACGGGUUUGAAGUCUUUGACAAGAAUGGUUUUGAACAGUUCUGUAUAAAUUACUGCAAUGAGAAACUCCAGCAACUGUUAAUUGAGAGGACUCUAAAAGCAGAACAGGCAGAAUAUGAAAUGGAAGGCAUAGAGUGGGAGCCAAUUAAAUAUUUCAACAACAAGAUCAUCUGUGAUUUGGUAGAAGAGAGACAUAAAGGAAUCAUAUCCAUUCUGGAUGAAGAAUGCAUUCGGCCUGGUCCUGCUACAGACUUGAGUUUCCUGGAGAAAUUGGAAGAGAAAGUGGGCAAACAUGCACACUUCGAAACCCGUAAGCUGGCUGGUCCAAAGGGCCGAAAGAAGAUUGGCUGGAUGGAGUUCCGCCUCCUCCACUAUGCAGGAGAGGUCACAUACUGCACUAAGGGAUUCUUGGAAAAAAACAAUGAUCUUCUUUACAGACAUCUGAAAGAAGUGCUGUGCAAGUCCAAGAAUGUUAUCCUGAGGGAAUGCUUCCUGCGGGCUGAGUUAGAAAACCGGAGGAGGCCCCCAACAGUGGGGACUCAGUUUAAAAACAGUCUGAGCAGCCUUCUAGAAAUCCUCAUCUCUAAGGAGCCCUCCUACAUCCGUUGCAUCAAGCCCAAUGACAGGAAAGAACCCAGCAAAUUUGAUGACUUCCUCAUAAGGCAUCAGAUCAAAUACCUGGGGCUGAUGGAGCACCUGCGGGUGAGACGGGCUGGUUUUGCAUACCGGAGGAAAUACGAGCAUUUCUUGCAAAGGUACAAGUCCUUAUGCCCAGACACCUGGCCGCACUGGCACGGGCCUCCAGCAGAGGGCGUGGAACGGCUGAUCAACUACAUCGGCUACAAACCUGAGGAAUACAAGUUAGGCAAAACCAAAAUAUUCAUUCGUUUCCCCAGAACUCUGUUUGCUACCGAAGAUGCCUUGGAAUUUUGUAAACAUCAACUAGUUGCAAGAAUCCAAGCCACAUACAAAAGCUGCCUAGGAAGGAGAGAAUAUGUGAAAAAAAGACAAGCAG